AUAUUUUAAAAAAAAAUAUAACGCACGAACGCAUGUACUGACAACUAGGAUUUACAAAGUAAAGUUCCGGUUACACAAGUGUCAUUAACAUCUUUCAACCACGCCGAACCGAGUGACAGCAAUUUAACUGACCGCAUUUAUGAAAACAAACAUUAAAUACUUCAAGGCUAAUUACUGUGUUUCAUUAACAAAGAAUAACAUGGCCUGAUUUAACUACUGCUUAAUUUAACCGUCUGAUUGCAGUUUCGUUAAAACUGUGUUAUUCGAUGUGUAUGGAGUUAUCUGGGGAGUGCAAUGAACACGUUUAAAGCCCCUUCAAAAGAUGUUCACAAUUUGGCCAAAAGAUAAAAGUCAAAAAGGAAGGGAGACGAUCCUCAUAUCUUGAGGCUAGAAUGGCGUAUUCUAGUGUACGAUCACUUUUAGUGUUGGUCGUCAUAGCAACCGUACAAGCACAAAGUAUAGAUGAAGAGAUUUUGGCCAACGCCAACAGUGUGAUUCAUAGUUUGAAGAAAGCAGUCAAGACUCAGAGCUACUUUAGAUUUUUUAGCUGUUUGUGUUUGAAGUCUACCAGUUGUGUAUCGCUCACCAACAAAGUUACUAAUAAUGACAGAGUCGUUUAUUUAAUAACAAAUAGCACAGCCGAUAAAUCGUUUGUGAAUCGUGAAAUAGCAAAGUCAUUAACACUGUUCAGAGGUGCUGCUUCAGCUGUAGCAAUGAAUCUAAAUUUUGAAGAAGCUAGUCGAACGGUGUCAGCCCACGAGAAGAUCUCUAGCACAAAACUGUCAUCACUGCAGAUGAGAUGCUUUCAUCCUAUAAAGUGCUGGCGUCACAGCAUGUUUUUGAUCGCUUGUAGACUUCAUGCCAGCACAAACACCGUGGAAGAGAAGUUGUUAGAGCGAAAGAAAAGAGCAAACUUGGCAGCUCUGAACGGAAUGAUGCCAUCCAAGAGAACAACGAGCCUCACCAAAGAAGAGACUCAUAGAUUUAUUUCCUACAGCAGCCACCUUGGAACUGUGCUACUUUCUAUUGCUGCCUUGAUUUCCCUUUGUCUUACUUGCUUAAGCUGUAUACUUUGUAGGCUUCAUAAAAAGACUCAGAACGAGUGUAUGAGCGCAGAAGAAGGAGAUGCCCAUACCUCACACUAUGAGAAUGAUGCUACUCUGAACUUUCAUUUAAACACUUCGGAAAGUAACUCAAGUGUUUCAACUGGGGCAAGUCUUCCUCUCCAGUCUGCUACAGUGUCCAGAUUAAGGCCUCCUUCGCCUUCACAGAAGCUUCACCUCUCAGCGAGGAGUACAUCUCUUUUGGACGAGGAAGAUAAAAACUUAAGCUCCCAAAUAUACUCGUACUGUAGUGAGGGGUCUGUUCAUGGUGUAGCUCUAACAGCGAGGGAGACAUCUGAACGAGAUCAUUACAUACAAGAUGGACAGCAAUCCCCGACACGCUCUGAUAACUUGCCACAUAUAUACAACAAUGUACAUCCACAAAAUAAACAUGGUCUUCCGCAUUCCAAAAGUGACCUGAAUCAUUGUCCGACAACGAACACAUUGAAGAGCGGGAGUUACAGCGAUACUUGUCUUCAGUUACAUGACAAUACAACGAGUCAGACCUAUUGCAGUCACGUGUAUUCCAAACUCCACCAAUAUCAAAGAAACUUUCACGAUAAUUAUAACAAGGUUGCAACUACAGGGCAAAAAAUUCUUAUUGUUGAGGAAACACAAUGUUCAAAACACGACAUUGAUAUUUCUGAUCAAGUCAGCGGCAGGGAAUCUGAAAUACCACUCGACAUUGUAGAGCACACUAGCACCCAAAUGGAAAGUGAUUACAUUAAUUCAGAUCUGAUAGAUGCAAUGGCGACAGAUUCAUGUAGCAAUAUAGACAGACCGGAGACUGAAGAGAUUAGCAAAUAUAAGUUUCGUAAACGUCCAAUCUGGCAAGACACGAGUUUUGAUGUUCAUAACAAUGAUGUUAUCUCCAUAACUGAAGAUGUUUACGUAAAUUCACAGGAGAUUGAAGUCCCGCCUCCAAAUGAAGCCUCUGAUGACAGUCUACUCAACGAUGUUGAUGCAGCUAUCCGAUCUACUGAGCAUAAUGAGAGACAACUCCAGAAUGUUUACGACAACUCCAGAUCGAGUGAUCUGUAUGUCAAUUCUCAUCUAUGGAAGACAAAUGUUGAAAUAGGUUUAGACUCAAAAAGAUUGAUACAUGUCGAUGAUGAUGAUUCGGUUAGAGACAACUCAGUUGAAUCACUUAGUGAAGGCUCACAAAAUGAUUAUGUUUGUUUCGACUCAUUAUUUAUUAAUAAUGAAUUAAAUCAAUUAGAAAAUAAAACCAUUUUAGUCCAAGACAAGAAGAAAUAUAUCGAUGAAGUAGCAAGAGGUUUAGGGUGCAGAGGGUUAACAGAUGCAUGUCAAAGAGAGAAAAGACUAACAGAAAAAGAUCUAUCUUUUGAAGUACCCUCUGACAUGGGCAAUAAUGCAGGUAAAGAUGGCGUCCCUUAUGAAGAGAAUAACGCAGAUGACGAAUAUUAUUCUAACUCAGAUUUAGUGACCACAUCAACCGGAAAUAGUUUUCUUGAACAUUGUCAUGACAACCUCAGUGUUGAUAGCGAGAUGAACACCAAUACAAAGGCCACGUCUGAACAUAAAGGCUGUGACCUGAAGUUUGACAAUGAUAUUUAUUUCAACACAGACCUUUUAAGCAAGAUUAAUAGAAAUAGAUCCUUUAGCCCAAUGCCUCUUACCAGCGAAGAUUCCUCUUUUAAAUGUGAUGCUACAAAUGACUGUGAUGUUGUCACAUUUGCGUGCAUCGAUCCAAAUCCUAAGACUCCAAUGGACGGUCACUUCAAGUCAGACAAUAACUGUACGGAUUUGGUAAAACCUUAUGUGGAAACAUGUUCAGCUCACAAAGAAAGCUUCUCGUCCCUAAGCUCAGAGGAAUUGGAUCUCAAUAAUCAAGCGUUUGGAAACAGAUUCACACUUAGAACAGAUUUAGACCACAAAUAUACUAGUGGUAACUAUUGCAACAUCAACUUUGCGACUUCAUCGACAGAAAACAUUUUUGCUAACAACACAAGUCAGUCUGUGCAACGUUCUUCAGAAACUGGUAAUAAUGGCAUGGCAGACAAUGGUAAACUUACAUCGAUGGGUGACAGUCCAGAUGAUGAUUGUGAUUAUGUCAAUUCAGACAUAUUUACAAAGUUGAACAGUCCAGCUCAGCAAGGUGUCAUGAACAACAAUGAUACCUCCCUAGCUUGGGUAGAUGUCAACGCUAACGAAGAGAGUACUUGCUCUGCUUCUGUUUGUUAUGGAUCAGACAAUGACGUUGCAAGUGAUUAUAAUUUUAAUUCAGAUUUAUUUAUAAAGUUAAAACAAGGCAGCUAUACUGGACAGGGAUAUGAAGAACAAGAACUAACGGGUAUUAGACAUUAUGUUGAACUGGACACAGACCAAAAGGAAUCUUUAGACAAAGACAGCGAUGUUGAUAUGUCCAGUGGAUAUUAUUUUAAUUCAGACAUAAUAACAACGCUACCACAAGACAUCUAUUCUAAUCAUGGAAAUGGUAGCAUAGAAGAACAAGAUUCAAAGAAAUAAUGGUGAACAUGUCAAAAACCAAAAGGAAUCUCUAGACAAAGACAGUACUACAGAUACAUCAAAUGUGUAUGUGUCAGACAUUUAGGCACAGCCUUGUGAGAAUUGUUCUGAUGCGCAGAUCCCAGUGAGAAGCGACUUUUCACUCCAGUACAUGAUGUGGAUGUAGGUGACGGAAUAUAUACAUCUAGGUCCAGCUACACAGGUGAUGACGUAAGUAAUGACGUUUAUUUCAACACGGACUUCAAAUCAAUCUGAAACAAAAUCCACAAAGACACAAAAGAAGCAAUGUAACAUGAUAUGUCACAGAAAAAUCCUGAACGUUACGUGACAAGACAAAUUACUUGACACAGAAAGCCUCCAAAGAGCAGGCCUGCAAAGCUAUCACACAAUCCUGAUACAGUCGCAAUUGCGAUAAGCAGGUCACGUCUACAGACGAAACGAAAGCGAGAAACAAGGUGGACAAAGAAAACGUUACCUGGACACCCUCUAAAGCUUCCCUGAAAGCCUUCAACGUAGACCCUGCCACCUGGGAGACGGAAGCGCAAGAUAGGGUAUGAAGGAGCCGAGCUGUGAAAACAGACGCAAAAAUUUGCUGAGGACAAGAGAACAGCACUGGCAGAUGAAAAGCGCUAGAGAAAAAAAAGCAAGACCCACGACACUAGCUCCAGCUGAAAUAACCUGCCCAGUGUGUAGCCGAACAUUCCGGGCUCACAGAGGUCUCACCAGCCACACGAGGAGGCACAAAACUCCAGUACAAAGCACUUAGCUACAUGGAUGACAAAAGUGGGUCAGUAUCGUAUCACGACGGACGAACUACUUAUCUGUCUAUAUUUAUAUGACAAUUAUUACUAUUUCCAAAGGCACAGCUAGUGAUACAAAUCCUGGUGUAGACCAGGAAUUUUAAAUUUCUUUACAUUCAAAAGGGAUCAAAUAAACGAGUACAAUUAAUGAAGUCCGAUUUAUAUUUUCUUAUAUUCAGAGGAUACAAAACCAGAAAAAAAUGAGUAUUGUGGGGAACGAAAAUGGAAUAUAUAUCAAUUUUACAUUCAUGUAAUGCCAAGAUUGAUGGCCUAAAGUAGUGUUCCCAAACUGUGUUCCUCGGAAAACUAGUGUUCCGCGAUGUCAGAUUAGGUGUUCCACAAACUAUUCGCAUAAUCAACUAGAAGUUCUACACGGGAAUAAAUCUAAAGUAAAUGCAGGGAAAAAAAAAGAUUCUUUGUAACGAAUAAAAUUCUAUAACAUCACUAUGAACUUUGAACUUAUCUAGAUUCUGACUCUAAUUUUAAAUAAAGAAACCAAAAAUAGAUCAACAAUUAAAUGAUUUCAUAUUGUGUCUUUCUGAAGACUACCACAAUAUAGGUAUUUUAAUUUAUUUUCUUGUAACCUGUUUGUUGAAAGCAGGAUUAUCUUAUGUUGAAGGAAAGUCAAAAUCUAGAAACUGGAUUAACUCAGGCAACACUAGAUGUUAGAAUUAAACAUACCAGUAUUGUGCCUGAUAUUUAGAAAAUAUGCUUUUCAAGGAGACAAUAUCAUCAAAGUCACUGGAUAUAUAUAUAGAGAGAUAAAUAGAUAGAUAGAUAGAUAGAUAGAUAGAUAGAUAGAUAGAUAGAUAGAUAGAUAGAUAGAUAGAUAGAUAGAUAGAUAGAUAGUUAGAUAGAUAGAAAGAUAGAUAGAUGGGUGGAUGGAUGGAUAGAUAGAUAGAUAGAUAGAUAGAUAGAUAGAUAGAUAGAUAGAUAGAUAGAUAGAUAGAUAGAUAGAUAGACAGAUAGAUAGAUAGAUAGAUAGAUAGAUAGAUAGAUAGAUAGAUGCCUAGGUUAUAUUAUUCUAGCACCAAUUCUUGUUAGGUGCACGAUGUGUUCUUUGUUGCCUUGCUGUUAAGCUGAUGAAGUUUUGUUGUUAUUAUGCUGUUGUAACGUUUCUUUGAGGGAGUUAGUGGUGGAUUUUUGGAUUGAGUCAGCAAUGGGCUAGUGUUGUGCGUUUUUUGUGUACAAGUCAAAUACAUACUAAUAUAGGUUGUGUUGGUAUUAUGGUACCGCAAGUGUGCGCAAGGUGCAAAAUGCUUACUUGAUUAUUAACAUAAUAUCCAUUCUAUAUAAUAUUUGUGACAUUGUUAAAUCAUUUUGUUCUUUCUAAAUACUUUCAUCUCAUUAAAUAUUAUAUUGACACGUUAAAAUCUAGUUAAUCCAACCUUGAAAAUAGUCAGUGUUCUGCUAAAUUCUACGAAUGUGUGUAGGGUUCCGGUAAGGUAAUACCGUAUAGUGCUCGCAUUUUUAUUAAAUGAUGUAAAAAAAAAAAAAAGACAAAAUACAAAACUAACUAAAGGUGCCAUCUAUAGACUUAAAAACCUGAACAUUGUGUGUGGUGAAGGAUCGGGAAAAGUAAAAGUGAUACUAGAAUUCACAGGCCAAAAACACAUGCGCGUAUAUAUAUAUAUAUAUAUGUGGGGGGGGGGGGCGUUAUAAAGCUGGUCUUUCCACAUCAAGUCCAAAACUUUUACGAUGCACAGGUUAAAAAAAAACAAAACAAAAUGGUUGUUCCAGUUAGAGAAAAAGAGGGAGACAGACAGAGACAGAGAAAUGAAUAGACACAUGAAUAGACACAUGAAUAGACACAUGAAUAGACACAUAAAUAGACACAUAAA